CUGUUUGCGAGUCAAGCGAGUGUUCGUCACUUUUGUCUUUCUCUGCGGGAUUAAAAGUGACAAACAUCUUUUUGUUUCGUGCUGACAUCAUGAACUUGUUUUUAUUCUUUCUUCUGGUCGUGCAAAUGCACAGCGUGACGCCUGUGAUUCACACGCUGCAGUAUUUCGAAACUGCGUCCUCUCAAGUUCCAAACUUCCCAGAGUUUGUGAGUGUUGGUUAUGUUGAUGGAGUUGAGAUUAGUUACUAUGACAGCAACAUCAGGAAAGCAGAAUCCAAACAGGACUGGAUGAACAAAAUCACAGCAGAGGAUCCAAAAUACUGGCAGAGAGUAACAGAGAUCAAUGUUGGUAAUGAGUUAAUUACCAAACACAACCUUGAAGUUCUUAAGAAGCUUUUCAACCAAACUGGAGAGCUUCCAGAGGUGUUCCUCCUCCAGAAGACGCCAUCCUCUCCAGUCACCUGCAUGGCGACAGGUUUCUACCCCGACUUAGCCGACCUGUUUUGGAGGAAAGACGGCGAGCAGAUCUUCGAGGACGUGGAGCACGGAGAGCUGCUCCCCAACCACGACGGAACCUUCCAGAUGUCGGUGGAGCUGAAAGUGGAGGUGACGGCCGAGGUGGAGGGCAAGUACGAAUGUGUGUUCCAGCUGUCUGGCGUCAAGGAGGACCUGGUCACCAAGCUGGAGAGAAGAAGCAUCCUGAGCAACGCAAGCCAUGAAGACAACUGGAGCGUCGCCCUCGCUGCCACGGCGGCGGUCGUCGCUGUGGCGGCCGUCCUGGCGGCCAUCAUCAUCGUCAUGGUCAGGCGUCACAGAAACAGACAAGGUGAGGGACACCAAUGUCGUCCGUCUUCUUCUUCUUCUUCUUCUUCUUCUUCUCGGUCCAGGCCGUGAGUUGAUGCUUUCAUCCGGGCUGCAUGUUUUAGUUGCCUUCCAGCCAAACACUCAAAGAUCCACAGAGACAGAGCGCACACUCUCACAUAGAAAGACGUGAGGAAAAAGUCAAUUUCACCUUGUUUCACUUUCAUUUCAGCCCAGUACGAUCCAGCUCGUAAGUAAAACAUCUUUUCUUUGAGCCGCAAGAAACAAAGCCGUGGUGAAGCGUCACUCACAUGGAGGUCUGAUGUGGACCUUUGUUACAAGUUUAGCCUGAAAAUCCCAACUUGAGCUGACUCCUUCACAAUAAAAGACCCUCCUGUGAGCACACGCAAUACAAAGUGUGGCAUAUCUCACGUUUGUCAUGAGUCCUCAUGAUGAGGAUCAGCCAAAUGAGACCUCAAGUGUGCUGACUCAUCAAGAAGGUAUCCUAGUCAGGAAGUAGAAGAGCAGCACUCUGCUUCUUCAUGUUUCCAAGUCACACCUCAAAGAUCUGAUGUGAGUGACGAGGCACCUUCUGGAUGUUCUUCCUUCACCGUUUACGUUUGUCCCGCAGCUCAAGAAGGUGGCGGCUGAAGGCUGAGUAAGUCUGCACCUCCAAAUGUUCUUGUGUGAAGAUGAUGUUCAACUUGCUUCUGUUGGGAAUGUGCUGAGUCAUCUUCUUCCUCCAGGAUGCUUUGUGCACUGGAACACAGAGAGAUGUCUCCAUCGCUGAGGGACGUCAUGGAGAUGUGCUUUGUUCUUCAUCCCACUGCUCCUCACGCUAUUCCAUCUAUUCUUCUUUGGCCGUUAAAAUACUUUCAACAUCAAACGUUGGUGGCUAGAAAAUCAUUCGGGGCUCACGUUUCAUGGCCUUGACAUCAUGACGAGGAUUUCUUCUUUCUUUGAAUGGCCGCUGCUUAUGAUCAAUAUCACAUUGUGUCACAUCUCUGUCAAU